AUGUGCCUGUGCAUGCGGCGUCAUAACCCUGGGCCCGUCGUCCCGUUGUUGCCCUCACGCACUCCCACACGCACACGCGCCCUCCCUCCACACGCGCGCGUCCUUCAAAGGACGAAAACGUGCCUAGCGUACUUCUGCUACGGUUGUCGUUGUCCGAUAACGUCCCCCCCCUUCUCUUCCGUCUUAUCGUGGUGUGACCACCCCAACGCGUCCAUGAGAAGGUUGACCCCGCUCCUCACCACCGUCCCUCCCCUCUCCCUUCGCACCGCCCCAUCCCUCACCUCCGUCGUUCUCAAUGUGUCCAGCACGUAUGGAGGCGCACGCGCGAUGCCGCCGUGCCGCACCAUGACGACGAUGGCCGUUUGCGAGGCUUCGUCGGACGCACUGACCACCUUCACCUCCUUCGAAGUGGAGAGUGAGCUGUCACUUGCACAAGAAGACCUGGAACAGCUGCAGUCCGUCUUAAAGAGUGUUCGCUCAUCGUCGAAUUCCCCGAUCUCUGUAACCCUACCGCAGAUGAAGCCUUCAGUGACAUCAACGCCACCGUUAAGGUGCCCCCCGCCGCCUAUCGUAAGCCCUCACCCCGUCGUGCUGCCAGCUCUUCUCCAGCGUCCACGGUGGCACAACGUUGUCCAUGAGCGCUAUAGAGCGAGUGUGCCCGGGUACGUGGAUGCCUGCACUCAAGUGCUCGGAGAUGUCCGCAACAUGUGGGACGCAUGCAAGGCGAAUCGCCGUCGCCGCGAGGAGGUUGGGGACAGUUGCUUCGCCGAGUACGUCAGCACUCUGCUCCGUCACGCACACGCCGAUGCGCUUCUGGUGCUCUUGGAAGGGGUGACCGGCACCCACCACGGCGGCGACGUGUUUACCGACGGUGCUGCACCUUUCCGCUGCGAGCUCAUUCUUCACUUGGUCCGAAUGCUGGCCGGGCGGCCAGUGGAGCUGAGUGGAAAGCAUAUGGCUCACCUGAGCAAGCUUCUGCUGAGCUGUCCUCACCUGCUCACAGUCGCCCCUCCGUCACAAAACGAGCUCGCGCAGGCGCUCGUUGCGAAGGUGCAGGAGAGAGUAUGGGACGCCUUCACGUGCUUGUGCUAUGCAACGCGUCGGAGUCUGCGCAGGCAACAAAACGUCGACUGCCUCGAGGCGCUGCUGUGCGGCGUGUACAUGCGAGCUCAUCGCGAUCCCGCACCCGCACGGGGUAGCGGCAGGGACAGUCGCACCUCACGCCUUGCCUCUGCGAUGCUGCGGAGCAGCGUAGAUGCAGGGGACGGGGGGUGGCAGCGCCAAUACGCCGGUCAUCUUCUCCCGCCUCACCUCCUGGCAAAGGCACGGCAGGCAGCGCUAUGCCACCUCGUGCAUCGCUGCUUGCUCAGCGGUACUCUGGCGAAAGUCGGUUCUGCCGGGGAGGCCAAUGAGGAAAACGCAUGUCUUCUCCUCUCCUGGGCACUUCUGCUGGGUCGCGAGGACAUGGACCCUGUCGUGCACGCCGCAGUCGUUUAUAGACUACGCAGGGGCCACGGGCUGGCAGAAGGCGGCCCACCCGCUGGUGCUUCACCAGCUUGUGUCGAGUCGUGGAGGCGGCUGGCCCUUCGUGUCGAAGCAGUGCUACGCUCCUCCGGCGUCGCCGAACAGAGUACCACUGCGCUGGCUAACGGUGCCGAGGUCUUUCAGCGAGUCGACCGAACUUCCAAAGACACAAGAGGGUGGGCGGUGUCGUCCGUGGACCGUCGUCUGCUUGCAGCGCUGCGUGCGCAGAGCUUCACGCAGAAGCACGGCUCACUGUCGCUAUGGGGCGCAACGGAGCCCGUGGCAUCGCGGGGAGUUGAAGCAACGCGGGCACGCACGAGGGACGCGGCGGUGCAACCUGUGUCAGACGGCGCAGCUGCUGCACUGCACGCGUAUGCUCAUCUCCGGUGGGAACCGCUGAACAUCAGUGAGGCAGAGCCGCUGUUGCCUGAUGAUGCAGCGUUGGCGUUGAGCGCGGCACCCACGGAAGGAGCUCGGGGGGAAGCCCACGCGUCCGUUACCGAGCGGACGAUUGCUGAGGAAUGCGAGGAUGUCGUAGAGACCGCCGCAGAUCUGCCACCGCACGCAUUGUGCCUUGCCGAGGUCCUCUGUGUGCGCCUCCUCCGUUGCAUGCGUCGCUGGAAGGGUACAUCGCUCAGCGGCGACAUUGCGCCUCCUGCCUCGAGCGACACCGCGCAAGCGUCCCCAGCGAUCCUACCCGCCUCGCAACAGCGCCGCAUUCUUGCAGCGCUGUGGCAACUGUCAGCCUACACGCGCGCUGAGGUGACCACUGCCGCGCUGCUUGAGCUGCAGGGCGAAGUGUGCACCACCGCGGCAACGGGCAGAGGCAGCAAGGCUCAUUUGGACCCUUCUCACACUGCGCCGUCCAGUGCGCGGAUGUGGCCGUCCAUGCCCCCGCGCGCCUGUUGGCCAAUCAUCGGCGCCGUAUGCCGGCACGCAGAGGAUGCGGUGCAUGUAACGCGCGAGUUGAUGGCCCAUCGUGAGAUGAUGGCGGCUCCCCUCUCGCUCGCAAGCCUGCAGCGACUACGCGAGUGGUUGGUGGCUCUACCAGGCUCGCUGCACUCCGCUCACCUAGUGAAGGUGCUCCGUGAGUGGGCAGAGCUGGAGAAGUGCAAACUGGGUGGCGCUGCACCGCUUGCUCAGGCAUACCUCACGGCUUGGGACGACGUGGUGCGGACGGCGCUGGAACAGCACGCCGCACAAGCACUGUUGGCUGCGUUAGACGGACAGUGUGCUGCCUCUGUCGCGGCACCCGGGCUAUGUUGCUCCCCUUGCGGUGAGGAGCUGCGCAGCACGUAUGCCUUAAUGACGGGCCCCGCCUCCGCGCAGUUGCGACGGAUCCAGUGGAUCGCAGAGGUCAACAGCAGCGCAGUGCGAGAAUGGCGGUGGUGCAUGGGUGUUGGACCUCCGCUCAUCGGAUGGACAACAGUGAGCCGAUCUGCAAGCUUGCUGCACCCCACCUCAGCGGUUCCUGCUGCAGUGCUCGUGGUCGAAGCGACAGAGGUAGACCUCACUGACACAGAACACGAUGCGGCGGUACGGAUGCUGUGUCAGCGCUGCGUCCCCAACCUUUCCGGCUCCAACACGUUCUCUUGGAGUGAUCAACUCGCCUGCAGAGCUCUGGAGCGGGCUCAGGCAACGUCAACACCCACCAUGCAGCAGGGGGGGAAGAUCAACGCGGGUGUGGACUCUGACCAUUCUUCCGCCGCCGGCGGCGAUGCCGAUGCGCCACCACGUCAAUCAAAGCCGUGCAACGACACCGUCGUCUCGGCUGCUGCCCUGCACUACCUCCUGACGAGGGGGAACACGACCACGCCAUCAGCCACAGCGAUGGCAACUGUGUUUAGCACCGCCGAGCUGGGUGAUGCCCUUCAGACCCUUUCAGCGUACAUCGAAUUCCUUGAAAAGACACGGCGCACUGGUGUCUACGAUGAUCCAUGCGGCGAGCGGGCGAUCGAUCGUCGACUGCAGUGCGCCGCGGCCGCUUAUGUAAACUGCCUGAGCGACGCCUGGCGUGUUACCAUGCGGACUGCGACGUCGUCAACGUCCGCCGUGCCGCUUCACAUGGCCGACGAGGAGGUGUUUCUCACGUGUUUUCCGGCAUUCUACCAUUUUGCACUGCGACUGUACGAUAGGCUCUUGUGGGACAGGGCGGAGCUCGACAAGAGCGGCGACGAGGUCUUGAGGAGUCUCCCCUGCCUCGCCGGUGCACUUCACGAAGCCGCGUUUCGUGCCCUGGUGAGUACACCGGGAACGAAGAGGCGCACCAUCGACACAACUCUGCUGCUGGCCGACCGUAUCGCGCGCCGGUGGGCCGCUCAGACAAUGGUGUCAUCCUCCUCGAGCGUCGCCCAUUCAGCCGUGGCGCCCACCUCUUCGCUGACAGAUGACCAGCCAGCGUUCUGCGUGCCACUCUCAGUCUAUCAGCUUGUGCUUGCCACCUACGCAGCAGAUCGAAGACCACUGCCGCAGCACGUGCGAGAGUGCUGUGAGGCGGCGCUCCGUCGCGAGGAAAAACGCCAAGGGGAGGGCCCCUAG